GAUCUGGCAACACUGUGUUGUGGAGCGACUUGUCCAAGAAAUUCCCGGGAAAGUGCUGGCUGCCGGUCCCCUUUCAUUCCUCUACUGAACAGCAAUGUGUGAACAAUGAACACGAACAUAACCCACAGUGUUCACUCUCUACCUCAACUUGUCUGAGACGCAACACACAAAUCAGGACAAUGGAAAGAUUGGCUCAAAUAUCGCAGCAAUGGAUGACACGAAGGCUGGCGUCGGCCAUGCCCCACUACAGACUGUUAUUCAGCAAGACUGGAGUGUGGCCGAACUUUGAAGAGGAGUUGCCUACGGAGAUUAAGAAAGAGGCAGAAGCCUAUUGGAAAAAUAAAUAUAAUGGCCUUUCCCAUCAAUCAGUUAAACAAUGUGAAGCUUGCAAUGAUAAAGGGAAGAAGUAUGUUCUCUCCAUGUUCCCAUAUCCAUCUGGUAAGCUGCAUAUGGGCCACGUCCGUGUGUAUGCCACCAGCGAUGCCAUGGCCAGGUAUUACCGGCUCAGAGGAUACAAGGUUAUUCAUCCUAUGGGCUGGGAUGCUUUUGGCCUACCAGCUGAAAAUGCAGCAAUUGAUAGUGGUGAGAUGCCUGAAAAAUGGACCUUGAGUAAUAUUCAGCAGAUGAAAGAUCAGCUACAGGAGCUGGGUUGCAGAUUUGACUGGGAUCGAGAGAUUGCAACAUGUGAUCCAAAAUAUUACCGUUGGACUCAAGCCAUUUUUCUCCUCUUGUUUCAAGCAGGACUGGUAUAUCAGGAGGAGGCAUUGGUGAACUGGGACCCAGUGGAUCAGACUGUGUUGGCAAAUGAGCAGGUGGACGUCAAUGGUUACUCGUGGAGGUCUGGUGCCAGAGUGGAGAAACGCUUUCUGAAACAGUGGUUUAUCAAGACAACCAGGUUUUCAAAAUCUCUCGUUGAAGGUUUGUCUGACCCAACAUUGGAAAAUUGGAGUGACAUCGUCAAGAUUCAGCGUCAUUGGAUUGGAGAUUGUGUAGGGUACAGGGUAGAGAUGCCUGUAGAGCAGCUGGAUACAUGUAGUAAAGAUACUUAUGUACAAGAAAGUGGGAAAUUGGCCUUAUGGAUGGCACAGCCAGAGCUUAUAUAUGGAAUAAGCUUUAUUGGAGUUCAUUCUGGUCAUAAAUAUGAUUCAGACUCUUAUAAAGUACAGAAACAUGAUAAAUAUCAGUUAUUGAGUGUUUGUGCUGUUUGCCCUAUCAGUCAAAGACGAAUUCCAGUUAUUGUUUGUGAUGAUUUGCCAUACAUUGAAGAUGCUGAGUUUUAUGUAGGAAUUCCUUGCAUAUCCAGUGUUGAUAUGUCUGUUGCAAGAACGUGUAAUUUUGAAACUCCAGAAGUUAUUGAAAAUGGCAAGCUAGUAAAUUGUGGUAACUUAAGCGGCUUAAUGUUGGACUCGGCAAGAACACUAGUAACUAAGCAACUUGCUGAAAUAGGAGCAGGGGGAUUUCAGGCUAGUGUUAAGUUACGUGACUGGUUGAUAUCACGACAGCGGUACUGGGGCACCCCGAUUCCAAUCAUUCACUGUCCAGAUUGUGGAUUAGUCCCUGUGCCUGAGGACCAGCUUCCAGUAGAACUGCCUCAGAUUACAAGCUUCCCAAAAAGAGGUAUAUCGCCACUCAAGGAGGCAAGUCACUGGCGGAAAUGCAGUUGUCCAAGAUGUGGAGGUGAGGCAGAACGUGAGACAGACACAAUGGACACCUUUGUUGAUUCAUCUUGGUAUUUUCUUCGUUUCCUUGAUCCCAACAACAGCAAGUCGCCCUUCUGCUACAACAUUCAAGAUACAAUGAUGCCUGUUGAUCUGUAUGUUGGGGGCAAAGAACAUGCUGACCUUCACUUGUACUUUGCCCGAUUUAUGCAACACUUUCUGGGCAGCAAGGGGAUUGUAAGCCACUCGGAGCCCUUCAAGAGACUCAUCAUGAUGGGUAUGGUCAUGGGACAGUCAUAUUUGGUUAAAGGUUCUGGGCGUUACAUCACUAAAGACCAAGUAGAUUUUUCAGUUAAUCCACCAGUGGAGCUUGGAUCUGGUGCACCAAUAGAAGUUACAUAUGAAAAAAUGAGCAAGAGCAAACUAAAUGGCGUUGACCCACAGGAAGUUCUACAGAAAUAUGGUACAGAUACCACCAGACUGCUGAUGUUAGCCAACUUUGCUCCUUCAUCGCAAAGAAACUGGUCUGAGGAAACGUUUCCUGGCAUCCUUAAUUGGCAGAAACGUCUGUGGUUGACUGUUUCGGAUUUUAUACGCAUCCGAAAGAAUAAAGAAGAGAGCAACGGAAUGUCUUUAAGCUCAGAAGAAGCUCAGGAACAUGAUAAAUUCCUGUGGGAGAGCCGCAACCGUUACCUUCAAAGCAUUACUUUUCAUUUUGAACAUACUCAUCAGUUGAGUGUUGCUAUCUCAUACAUGCAGGGUUUAACUGGCAAUCUGCGGAAAGUACCAAGGUGCUGUGCAUUAAGCGAGGAAUUUGAGUUGACAUUGGGAGCAUUAAUAAUUAUGCUGGCCCCCUUAACUCCUCACUUCGCUAGUGAACUGUGGGCAGGAUACUGUAGUGUUGCUACCUCUCCACACACCAAACACGACCUUCCUGUAGUAGAGCAGUCUUGGCCUGAAGUUGAUCAAGAUUACUCUCUUUCUCUUAAGUAUUCGAUACCUGGCAAAGAGACACGUGAGGUGAAAGUGGCCAGGAAGAUACUGGACCACUUGACCCCUGAUGCAGCGUUAGAUCUGAUUGCUGCUGAUGAUGACUUUAAAGACUACAUGGAAGGAAGGUCCAUCAUCACAACACAUCUCAAAGUCCUACCAGGGAUGGAAGCAUCUGUGCAUUUCACAUACGAGGUGCAAGACGUGGCUAAAGUAAAGGCAGCGUUUAAGAAGAUGAAGGCAGAGAAGAAAAAGCAGAAAAUGGAAAAAAGAUUAAACAAGCAAUUAAGAAAAGCAGAAAGUUGAUAAUAGUAAUGUAAGCUUGUAAUACUGUACAGUGUUCUAAUUAAUAUGUGAAAUUACUUGUAAAUAUUUAGUAUUUUUAUGUGUGUUCCUAAUUUGACAGAUGAUGAAGACAAGUAAUAAAUUAUACGCAAAGGCA